AUGUUACUCUACCUGCUGGCUCUCGGGGCGAUUGGGCUCUCGAGCACGGUGGCCAGCUCGGCCCCUUACCACCUCCCGUCCUCGAAGGGAUUCCGUAUGCAACAUGGAUUCGAGACCGUGUUAGUACAACCAUUCGGGUAUGAUGGCUUUCGAGUCCGGGCAUGGCCCUUCCGUCCACCAACGGGGCAAGAGAUUGGUUUCGUCUACGACCCGCCUCUGGAAGGACCGGAGGGAGGAGAGGCACGCGGCAUGACGUUUGAUACAUCGUUCAAUGGCAAUCAAUCGGAGGAACUGCGCAAUGGCAAUAUGGUUGUCCGUACCUCGGGAUGGGGUGGCAACCCGGGGGCUAUCGUCUGGCGUUUUACCGUGUGGAGGGGAACGGAUCAGAGACGCUCCUUACAAACGAGACCAGGGAGUGAAUUUGCAGCCGAGUUCUCUUUUAGUACUACACCCGAUGAGCAGAUUUAUGGCACCGGCACUCAGCAAGACCAUCUGGUGAACAAAAAAGGCAUGACAAUCGACUUGAUCAACUUCAACACACACAUUCCCACCCCAGUAUUUAUGAGCAGCAAAGGCUAUGGGUUUGUGUGGAACAUGGCCUCGACCGGUCGCAUGGAGUUCAGCACCUUGCGAAACCGAUUCAAGACGGAUGCAGCGACCGUGGUGGAUUAUUUGAUAGUCGCGUCGAGCCCGGGGGACUAUGAUACCCUGCAGCAACGCCUCUCGGCGCUGACGGGUCGUGCUCCCACCCCCCGAAUUGUGGUGCUGUUGGCCGAGCAGUUUCACAAACGCAAGAUCCCAGUUUCACUCAUCGUCAUUGAUUAUCAAUCUUGGGCACACCAGGGUGACUGGAGCCUAGACACAAGCCUCUGGCCAGAUGUCGCAGAUAUGUCCAAGAAGGUCAAGAACCUGACCAACGCGGAAAUGAUGGCAUCCCUUUGGCCAAGGGUGGCCGACAAUAGCUUGAAUUACCUGGAAAUGAUGGCACAAGGAUUUUUGUCUGCCACCCGGUCCGGGCCUGGCAUAACAGACUCUUGGAACGGAUCUUAUAUCCGGAACUAUGAUUCCACAAACCCUGGCGCACGCCGUUUUCUGUGGGAGACCCUGAAAAAGAACUACUUUGAUAAUGGCAUCAGAAACUUCUGGAUCGAUCAGGCUGACGGAGGUGCACUCGGAGAAGCCUAUGAGAACAACGGUCAAAGUGCCUAUAUUCAAUCGCUCCCAUUUGCCCUUCCAGACGUUCUCUAUGCCUCUGGAACCCAACAAAGUGUUGGAAAACUUUAUCCCUGGGCCCACCAGCAAGCGAUCGAAGAUGGUUAUCGGAAUGUGACGUCGACCGAGAUGGGAUCCCCCUGCGAUCAUCUUUCGCUGAGUCGUUCUGGAUAUAUAGGCUCUCAGCGCUUUUGCAGCAUGAUAUGGUCCGGAGACACAACUGCAGUGUGGGAGACGCUCAGUGCACAAGUAGCGAGUGGACUGUCAGCGGCUGCAACGGGCUGGGGGUGGUGGACUCUAGAUGCUGGCGGAUUUCAGGCUGAUCCGACUGUACCAUGGAGUGCUAACAUUGACACACCGGAAUAUCGUGAGUUAUACUUGCGUUGGUUGCAAUGGGCAACCUUUCUGCCAUUUAUGCGAACCCAUGGAUCACGUGCGUGCAACUUCCAAGAUGCCUACACCUGUGCCAAUGAGCCAUGGUCCUAUGGUGCAGAAAACACGCCAAUAAUCGUCUCAUAUAUCCACCUGCGGUACCGAAUAAAAAAUUACCUCCAUGCGAUUUUUGCCCAAUUCCACCAAACCGGUCGGAUGAUCAUGCGUCCCCUUUACAUGGACUUUCAAGUGUCGGAUCCCCAUGUAUUGGAAAUGACGAGGCAAAACAGUAAUGUUACCACGCAGCAAUAUAUGUUCGGGCCACGACUGCUAGUGACUCCUGUAACUAUGCCAAAUUCUACUGAGUGGUCUGUCUAUCUUCCACAGCCUGCGGGAAAUGAAACCAACCCGUGGACAUACUGGUGGACCAAUGAAACCUACGCCGGGGGACAAACAGUGGUCGUGCCCGCGCCGGCCGAACACAUCCCGAUAUUUCACCUAGGGCCAAAAAGCGAUGUCUUCGAUGGAACAAUCUUCGCAUGA